AUGACAUCCUCACCACUCUACUUGGCAUGCCAAAAGAACGAUCUAGCACGUGUAGAAUCAUGUUUGAAGAAAAUGAAACCGAAACAGAUUGACGUACAAUACCCACCGAACAACGAAACAGCCUUACACGUUGCAACACGUAAUCAAAACAAAGAAAUCACCAGACUCCUUCUUCGCUACGGUGCACAACGAUCAUUAAGAAAUGCAGAUGAUAGACAAGCAUAUGAACUGGCAUCGACAAAAGAAAUCGAAGACCUAUUCAAACGUCCAAAAUCAUCUCGUUUCGUAUUUCUACACAGCAGUUGCAACUUCCCCACUACAUUAUUUCAACGAAAGAUUAAAUGUGAAAGUUGUUCCUUAGUGAACGACAAUACUUUCUACGAAUGGGAAUUAGUUGAUCGAAAUGCAUCACAGAAAGCAUUGAGAUUUCGUCGUGAAUUAAAACUGUCUACAUCAAUGACUGAAAAAGGUCUCAAACAAAAACUCUAUUCAACAAAGAAAGGUUAUAUCAAUGCACAUCUUCAAGAUGUAUCAAGUGCAGAUGGGGAAAAAAUUCGUGAUUAUUUUAAACAUGCAUUACUUCAACAGGACCCAUACUUCAUUAUUACAGCGUAUACAAUAAGUCAAAAAUUUUCAGAAUUGCUCAACACAGAUAUGGCACGUAAUGUUAUACAUGAUCUGAAGAAUGGUUGUAGUAAAUUUUGUUGUGACUGUCUCUAUUCGACAGAAGACGGUACUAAAUCAAUUACAAGUAUCCUUUUACAUCACCCAAAAUUCCAAGAAUUGAACUUCAAAGGAGGCGUCUACCGUGGCAUUGUCGUACCUAAGAAUGCUCUUGCUCACUACACUGUUGACUCUUGUAUUAUUACAACCACCUUCCUUUCAACAUCAAAAGAUCCUGCAAUCGCACAGUGCUUCUGUGAUUCAAGUGUACCUAAGAGUCUUGACACACACGGAUACUUCUGUACUUAUACGCUAGUCAACGAGAAUCGUACUGCUCUUGAUAUAUCAGGAAAAUCGGAAUUUGAAAAUGAACGUGAAGUGUUGAUCCUUCCUUAUUCAGCAUUCCUUAUUACACAGAUUGAAGAAGGUGAAGAAAUAACAAAUAUUUAUUUACAAGAAUGUGAUACAAAGUGUUUGACAAACAUAUUUGGAAGUGGUAGUAGCGAAUCAUAA